AUGGGGGACUCCACAAGAUUAAGUGUUUUGAGCAGUCUUGGGUCUCCUGGAUCUGGGAAAACUGCCUUGAUCCGCCACAUCGCUUUACAACUAGAAUCCGAGUUACUGUAUCAGAUUGUUCCAAUAUCCAAACCAGAAGACAUCCUCAACUAUGGUGACUUAAACAGACCUCAAAUAUUUGUCAUAGAUGAUGUUUUAGGUGUGUUUGAUUUAGAAAGAAAUUUGCUAUCAGAUUUAGAAAGACAUAGUGAACAAAUAGAAAAUGUCCUCGAUAAAGAAUCAAAGAGAUCAAAAUUAUUUAUGUCCUGUAGAUUGGCAGUGUACAAUGAAGCAAAGGAAUUAGAUGUAGUGUUUUUUGAAGUUGAUAAUAUCCUCAAUUUAGAUAGCAAAGAACAUCGCCUAACAACGGAGGAUCGAAAAGGUAUAUUAGAAACUCAUUUUAAAAUAGCAGGGAUUUCAUAUGCCAUUGAUUCAAUACUUCUCCAAGAAAAAGGAGUUCUCAUGUUUCCACUUCUUUGUCAAGUCUUUAGUAGUGAUAAACGCAUCAGGGAAUAUGGAAUCGAGUUCUUUAAAUAUCCAAAUAAGUGCUGGAUUUCAGAUAUAGAUAAAAUUCAAAAGCGAAAUAAACUGCAAUAUUUGUCAAUGGUUCUCUGCAUGCUGUACAACAAUGGCCUAUCUGAUAAAAUGUUAACGAACAAAAGAAUGCUGGAGAAUGUUUGCAGAUCUUGUAAAGUUGAGGGAACACCUCAAAAUUGGGAAAUAUUUGAGAAAUUGUCACACCUAAAAGGUACCUACAUUACAGAAAGCGAUAAAAAAUAUACUUUUAUUCAUGAUUCAAUAUUUGAAGUUGUUGCCUAUCACUAUGGCCAGCAGUUUCCCGACCAAAUUUUGGAGCAUAUGAGCAGCAAUUUCAUUGCAAAGAGGGUUGUUUUAAAAAACACGAAGACAGGAAAUGACAUUUGCAUCACAUUGAACAAAUCUUAUUAUGAGCAUCUAGCAAAAAGAUUAUAUGCUGAUGUAAAGAGAGGGAAGUUACAUGAUGUGUUUCUAAACAAAGCACUAAGGGAUUUUGAUUUUAAACAGCAGUUCCUGAAUUUAUUGACAAAAGCGCCAUACGAGGAUGUCAAAACCUCUUUCUUACUACCAAGAGAAGAAUGUUUCAAAAGCAUUAUUCUUGACUCAAAAAUCCAAAGCAAAAAAGGAGACCAAGACACAAUAGGACAGAGAGAGCUUGACAGGCAGAAUCUUCUACUCGAUCUUAAAUGUAUUGGCCGAAAGAAAAUUUAUGGAAUACGCGCUAUCAGUUUUAUAAUUUAUUACGGUCACUUCGAUUUGCUAAAAUUUUUUUAUAGAUUUGGUGGGUAG